AUCACAUUUAAGAAUUCAUGCACCAGACAUUUUAGGCACUAUCUGCCUAUGAAAUGGAUAUUCAUAUUUAUUACCUUCUCAUGUACACCACAGAUCCAAACAAUGAACAUUUGGAGGAUAAAAACAUCCAAUCAUCUACAACUCUUCAGAUCCUCAAAGCUAGUGAUACUAAUGAACAUGAAGAAACUAAGGAAACUGUCUUGUCAAAAACAGAGGAAACAAAACCACAGUUGGAAAAGAAGUGUUCCUGUCCUCCACAAGGAACACUGAAUAAAACUAUUACAAAUGGAGCUAUACUUUUUAUGAUAUGGUGUGUAGCCUGGUCAUUCUCAGGCCCUGAAGUUCUUCCUGAUGGAAGUUUAUUUGGACUGUUAAUUAUCUUUUAUGGUGCUGUUAUUGGUGGGAAACUUUUGGAAGUCAUUAGAAUACCUUCAGUGCCUCAACUUCCCCCUCUUCUUGGGAUGUUACUGGCUGGUUUUACCAUUAGGAAUGUUCCAUUCAUCAGUGAUCACGUCUAUAUUAGUAACACAAUGUCUUCAACUUUAAGAAACACUGCCCUUACCAUUAUUCUAGUGCAAGCUGGGCUUGGACUCGAUCCACAGGCUUUGAAGCAUUUGAAAGGAGUUUGUUUAAGAUUGUCUAUGGGUCCAUGCCUCAUAGAGGCAUGUUCAACUGCUGUUGUUUCCCACUUCCUUAUGAAUUUUCCCUGGCAAUGGGGAUUUCUAUUAGGUUUUGUAGUCGGUGCAGUCUCUCCUGCUGUUGUUGUCCCUUCCAUGCUACAUUUGCAAGAAAAGGGAUAUGGUUUUGAGAAAGGCAUUCCAACCUUAUUAAUAGCUGCCAGCAGUUUGGAUGACAUCGUGGCUAUCACUGGAUUCAAUACAUCCUUGAGCAUAAUCUUCUCAGGUGGUGUACUUAGCAACCUCCUGUCUGCUUUUCGGGAUGUACUUGUUGGUGUGCUGGUAGGAAUUGUUUUGGGAAUGUUUACUCGAUAUUUCCCAAGUAGAGAUCAGGGAAAACGUGCAGUGAAGAGAGCAUUUCUUAUUUUGAGUAUGUGUGUUUCUGCUGUCUUAGGCAGCCAUCGCAUUGGUUUGCAUGCAGCUGGAGGAUUAUGCACACUAGUGUUGAGUUUCAUUGCAGGGACAAGUUGGUCCAAAGAAAAGAUUAGAGUCCAAAAAAUUAUUGGAACUGCAUGGGAUAUUUUUCAACCUCUUCUUUUCGGUUUGGUUGGAGCGGAAGUAUCUGUCACAUCUCUUAAAUCAAAUGCUAUUGGCAUUUGUGUUGCCACACUGAGUUUGGCAUUAUUGGUUCGAAUUUCUUUUACAUUUGUAUUGAUGUCUUUUGCUGGUUUUAAUUUUAAGGAGAAAAUAUUUAUUGCUUUAUCAUGGAUGCCCAAAGCUACAGUCCAAGCUGUUUUAGGUCCUCUGGCUCUAGAAAGAGCAAGAAUCAGUGCACCCCAUUUGGAACCAUAUUCGAAGGAUGUGAUGACAAUAGCUUUUCUAGCCAUCUUGAUCACAGCUCCAAAUGGAGCUCUAAUUAUUGGCAUUCUGGGACCUAAAGUACUUACUCGCCAUGAUCCAAACAAAAGGAUUAGAACUUCAUUAAAAAGUUGAUUUGCCAACACCUGCCUGCUUCUCUUAAUGACUUCUCUUACAUGAGAGAAAAAUUAAAAGGUACAAAUAUGUGGAGACUACACAGAA